UUUUUUUUUUUUUUUUUAAAAAACUUUCACUUUAUAUAUUUCUUAUCAUGUCAGCUGAAGAUACCAAAACUGAGUCACCUGUUGUCGAAACCCCCAUCACCAACAACGACGCCACCGCCACUCCUGUUGAAGAACCUACUUCAGUUGAAGAAGUUAAAAAAGAAGAGGAAUCUCCUAAGACUGAUGAAGAAGAAAAGAAGGAUGAAUCAAAACCUGCUCCUUCUCCUUCUCGUUCUGGUACCAAACGUUUAUCUUUGUUUUUAAGUAAGGCUAAGAAGUCUUUUGUCCCAGAAAAAGAAGAAAAGAAACCUUCUGCUGAAACCAAGGCUCUUCCUGAAGAUCCCAAACCUAUUGCUGAAGAAGAAGAUCAUCAAGAAGUUCCUGCUGAAACUACUGAAGAACCUACUGUUGAACCUACUGCCUCUACUUCUGAUGAUAAGCAAGAAAAACGUAAAUCAAAGUUCUUGAAUGAUUUCCUCAAAAAGCUCUCUACUCCUAACAAAGAUGGCAAGGUUGUAGAAAAGUCUGAUGCUACUAAGGAUCAAACUGAAGAAACUACUGAAGCUACUACUGAAGAAGCUGAUGCUACUGAAGAACAACCUCAAGAAGAAACCACUCCUGAAGAACCUGUUACUACUGCCGACACUUCGGCCCCUGCUGUGCCACCCAAGGAUGCUCCCAAGAAUAAGGAACAAACAAAUGUGGUAGAUCAAAUUAAGCGUCAUUCUUUGGUGAAUAAAUGGUUUGGAAAGAAAGAAAAGGCUACCCCUGCUACUAAGGAAGAACCUGCUACUGAAGAACCUGCUACUGAAGAACCUACUACUGAAGAAACCCCUGCUGCUGAAAUUGCUACUGAUGAAGCUACAAAUGAUGAAGCUCCCAAAGAAGAUAAUGAAGAAUCUGCUGAAGACACUAAAGUAACUCAAGAAAAGCCUGCUCGUGCUGGAUCUCCAUUGGGUCGUCGUCUGACACAAAUGCUUCGUGGUUUCCCAAAGAAGGAAAAGAAGGAUAAGAAGGAAAAGACACCUGCCAAGGAAGAAACACAAGAAGUAGCUGAAGAAGAACCUGUUGCUAAGGAAGAAGAACCAGUUAAGGAACAAGAAGAAGAACCCAAGGUGGAAUCUCCUGUUGUUACUGCUCCUACUGUUCAAGCUACAGCUUAAAUGUGAUUACAUAUUACUUCCUUUUUAUUUUACUUUUUAUUUUUUUACUUAGUUAUUUAUUAUUUUACAUAUAUACUCUUUAUAUUUAUUAUCUUUUAUCAUCUCACUUUAUACAGAUUUAGUUUUUUUAGUUGUCUUAAUUCAAAAUUGCCGCUUCUCCCCCUUUUUUUUUUCUUUCUUACUACUUAUCUUUUUUAGUUUAUACAUUACAUUUUAAUGAUGAUGCCAUAUUCUUUGAUCUCUUAGUCUUUUUUUAGCAAAUACUCUCACUUUAAUUCUUUUUUUUUUUCGAAAUAAAAAAAUGAACAUCAACAAAUGA